AUUUCAUUGUUCUGUAACCCCCUCCCCUUCUUUUAAUGAAUUCCAAAGUAAUCCCUCUAUCUUUUACUGCAGACUCACAUCUGGAAAAUCCCCAUUCUCCACAAUCGAACUCUGCAACUCAUUAUUUUCCCCAGUUCUCAACAAAAAAACCCCAAGUAUUUUAGGUUGGGAUGGCUGAACCCAUGGGUCCUGUUACAACCCAUCUCAAGUUUCCUACAAUAGAUUUCUCCAAAGAAGACUUGAAGCCUGGAAUUGGUAACUGGGAAAUGGUGAGAGAACAGGUUAGAGAGGCAUUGGAAGAGUAUGGUUGUUUUGAGGUAUUUACCAAUGAAGUCCCUCUAGAGCUUCAUGAAGCCAUCUUUGCUGCAGCAGAACAGCUUUUCGAUCUUCCUGUGGAAACUAAGCUCCGGAACACUUCCAAAAAGCCACUGUUCGGCUACAUUGGUCAUGACCCAAUUCACCAUGAGUCCUUGUGCAUUGAUGAAGCACCAGUCCUUGAAAAAGCUCAAAGCUUCACAGAUCUCAUUUGGCCUGAGGGGAAUUCUGCUUUUUGUGAAAUUGCGUAUUCCUUCUCUAAGGGGGUGAUGAAGUUGGAACAUACAGUGACAAAGAUGGUAUUUGAGAGCUUUGGUGUAGAGAAGUACCACCAGUCAUUCAUCAGAUCAACAAAUUACAUUCUUCGGUUCAUAAAAUACCCUGGAACACAAACAAAUAAUGAAUGUAAGGUUGGAAUUGGAACUCAUACGGACAAGAACUUGUUAACAAUACUUCAUCAAAAUCAGGUUAAUGGAUUGGAAGUACAGACACAAGGAGGUGAAUGGAUUAAAUUCACACCAUCACCAUCAUCCUUCAUUGUCCUUGUUGGCGAAGCUUUCAUGGCAUGGAGCAAUGGCCGAUUACAUUGUCCUCGACACCGAGUCAUGAUUAGUGCCUCUGAAUCGAGGUACUCUAUUGGACUCUUUUCGGUAGGCAAGGGGAUAAUACAAAGCCCAGAUGAGUUGGUUGAUGAAGAACAUCCCUUAUUGUUUAAGCCAUUUGAUAAUUUGGGAUUAAUUAGUUUUUACCAAACAGAGGAGGGUCACAAAGCAGAAUCUACCAUCAAGGCUUAUUGUGGCCUCUAAGAUGACAUGAUGGAGGAACAACCAUGGAGAGAGUUCAAUCUUUUGGUACCAAACUCCAUUUUAACUUUAUCUUUGAACUAUGUUUCUAAAUAGUCCAUUUGUUGAAGAAUCAUAGAAGAUAAUGAUCGAGGUUCUGGGAGUCAUUUUUCCUA